AUGAUCGCUACAACGAUUCUUCUCUCUCUUGCUCUUGCUGCUCACGCGGCGCCUUCUAGGCGCCAGUCUGGGGACAACGGCUCUUGCCAAGCCCUGCAGAUAGAGUGCGCCGCGACGGUCAAAUCCGACCUCAGCGACGCUUGGAAUAUCAAGGCUUGCGUCUUCGGCGCGUCGUGCUUCGGUGGUCAGCAUCCCGUGGAUGGUUUCCUUGCCGCCGUCUACAGCGACCGCGGCGAGAGUGGUGCAGCCCCCGCGAGUGUCAACUUGCCGCGUGUCACCGGGCCGCUCUUCAAUUCCAUCUCUACGGACGGGAAGACCUUGAGCCAACAGAACUUCAUCGACGGUUACUACUCCUCUCUCGAUGCAACCGGCGGCCCGUAUCCCACCGAUGUCAAUUAUGUCAUUGGUCUCUAUGAGCAGCUCCAGGAUUGGACCGCGUUUUGUAACAAGCCUAUCCCUCUCCAGAACUUUGCAGACUACUACCAAUAUUCGUCGAGCGUGAGCAGCAGCGGCUGCUCCGCCACAACCACUACGACAUCUUCUGCGCCGGCGGCCACGACUCCUGUCAUCAGUUCUGACGCCAGUUGUCAGAAGAUGUUCACGACGUGCAUCACGCAGGUCGACCAGAAGGUGACGAACCCAUGGGCCGUCGAGGCUUGCGUUUUGGGCGCAACUUGUUUCGGUGGCCAACGCCCGGUUGACGGUUUCCUCUCUGCUGUCUAUGGCGUGAAGAACUCCGGUUCCUCUGGAGCGCCUGCAUCCCUCAACGAGCCGCGCGUGUCCACCGCACUCUUCGGCAAGGUAUCCACGGAUGGAAAGACUGUGACGCAGCAGAACUUCAUCGAUGCGUACUAUGGCACACUCUCAAGUGUUGGCGGCCCGUAUCCUUCCAGUGCGAAUCAGGUCAUUGGGUACUUUGACCGUGUUCUCGACUGGACGGCCUUCUGCCCAGGCGCUGGCAUUCCGUACAUGAAUUUUGCAGACUACUUUGAAUACUCCGCCAGCGUUCAGGGCGGGAACGCCCAAUGCUAA